UAGAGAAAUUUUACAAUUGGUUCAGAUUACAUCCUUUAAUUAAAAGUUUAAAAAAAAAAAUUGCAAAAAUUAAAAAUAAAAACAUAUUUUGAAAAUAUAAUUGAAUUUUCAAAGUUAAAUAUCUCGUGACUUUGGAAUAAGUGUUUUUCAUUGGUCUCUAUCUCCAGAUAAUGUGGUCUUUUGAAAACUAUUUUCCAGGCUAAAGACGUCAUUUAUUGCUCCAUCAUCAUACGAGCACAAUCUAUUUGACCUUUAGAACUUCAAUCUCUUUCUGUUCUCAUUUUGAAGGCUAGGAAAAAGAAUAUUUAAAAAUGUCGGAACCAAUAAAUGUCGUUGUCACUGGAGCUGCAGGUCAAAUUGCCUAUUCUUUGUUGUAUCAAUUGGCAGCUGGUACAGUAUUUGGACCAAAUCAACCGAUUAAUUUACGUUUAUUGGACAUUCCACCGAUGAUGGAAGUUUUAAAGGGCGUUGUCAUGGAAUUAGAGGAUUUGGCACUUCCUCUCUUAAGAGACGUUCUACCAACUGCUGAGCCAGCUGAAGCAUUUAAGGAUGCAGCGGCUGCAUUUUUAGUUGGUGCAAUGCCACGUAAACAAGGAAUGGAACGCAAAGAUCUUUUAUCAGCGAAUGUGAAAAUAUUUAAAGUUCAAGGCGAAGCUCUCGAUCAAUUUGCCCGUAAGGAUGUUAAAGUUUUAGUUGUUGGCAAUCCAGCAAAUACAAAUGCAUUAAUUUGUUCACAUUAUGCACCAUCAAUUCCUAAGGAAAAUUUCACGGCUAUGACAAGAUUAGAUCAAAAUCGUGCACAAGCUGCAUUGGCAGCACGUCUUGGUGUUCAGGUGGAUAGUGUGCAAAAUGUGAUUAUUUGGGGUAAUCACAGUUCAACACAAUAUCCAGAUGCAGCGCAUGCAACAGUUAAUAAAAAAUCAGUGUUGGAAGCAGUAAAUGACAAUGAUUGGUUGAAUGGAAAUUUUUUGGAAACAAUUCAAAAGCGAGGUGCUGCCGUUAUAGCGGCACGAAAAAUGUCAUCAGCAAUGUCGGCAGCUAAAGCAGCUGGUGAUCAUAUGCGUGAUUGGUGGUUAGGAACAAAACCUGGACAAUGGGUCAGUAUGGGAGUUGUUUCCGAUGGAAGCUAUGGAAUUCCUAAGGAUAUUGUUUUCUCCUUUCCCGUUACUAUUGAAAAUAAACAAUUUAAAAUAGUUCAGAAUUUAUCGAUUAAUGAUUUUGCCAAAAUGAAACUUGAUGCAACAUCAAAAGAAUUACAGGAGGAACGCGCUGAAGCAAAUGAUGUUUUACAAAAGUGACUAGAUAAUUCCAUGAAAACAUCAUCGACAAUAUCCAAGUUAUAAAAAAAAAAUAUUACAAGUUUAAUGUAAAAAAAAAAAAUGGUUACAAAUUUCAGUAGGUCUAUCGAUUGUUGCAUUAAAUUAGUAAAAAAAAGAAUAUGUUAAAUUACAUAA